AUGUUGAUGAAAGCCUAUUUAACCGUUACUUUGCUUCUCAUUAUUGUUGCUUACUCGGUCAUUGCAGGUUGUACUCGUAUAAGAGUCACCUCGGUGACCCAUAUAACAUCUAUUAUAGUUAUUGCUAAUCGGUGA